CACUUUACAACCAUCAGCUAGAAUUGUUGUUAUUCUAAAUCUCCCCGUCCCCUUCCAGCCUGCUCCCUUCCGGGACAGACGCCUUGUGGAAACGGUGUUAAGACAAGAUGCUUCAGCUUUGGAAACUUGUUCUCUUGUGCGGCCUGCUCACUGGGACCUCAGCAUCUCUUCUUGAAAAUCUUGGCAAUGACCUGAAUGAUGUUGUGGACAAGCUAAAACCCGUCGUUGAGAAAGGACUUGAGACUGUUGACAAUACAGUUGGAUCCGUCCUUCAGAAUCUGAAGGAUGACUUGAAGGUGCUUCAGGAAUCUAAGGUUUGGCAGGUGGUCAAGCAGAAGGUGCAGGAUGCUGAGAAUUUGGUGACCGAUGCUGUUUCUAAUACCAUUUCAGCUAUUGACAGGAGUUGGAGCUUGACCCUUCUUGAUACCCGCAUCCUGGAUCUCAAAAUUGAACUGACUCCUGAUGGCAAAGGUGUUAACAUAAGGAUCCCCAUUGUCGCUAAUGUCACCGUGGCCCUGCCUCUCAUUGGCAAGAAGAUCAACCUGAGGGCUUCUUUGGACCUCCUGGGUGGCAUCAGAUUUGAAACCGAUCCCCAGACUGGCCUCCCCAAAGUGGUCAUGACAGAUUGCAUCAGCGACAAGGACACCAUCUCCAUCGCCUUGCUGGACAGCCACAGUCCAUUGAUCAGCAGGAUUGUGGACUACAUAACCGGAAUCCUGCAAACCAUUGUGCCCAGACUAAUAGAGCGCACUGUGUGCCCAUUGCUCCACUCAGUAAUCUCCGGCUUGGAUGACCGUAUUUUCCAGGACAUCAUUGGUAAACUUCCAAAGGACAGCAGACCGCAAGGUGCUGUCUGAAGACUGAUAUGAGGAGGGCUGCUGUGCUGCCCAACUAAAGAUCGGUUCCCAGUGGCUUAACGACAUCCCACGUGGCAUCUCCAUCUGGUAAGGCGCAGCCACCAUCCAACCAGAGUGACAGCCUGAGUGCAGCCAGAAGGAACCCUCACAGACCCUUCUCAUGGUUGGGACCACAGCCUCUAUGCUCACUGCCCUCCAUCCCUGCAAUAAAAGACAAUUUCUGCA